AUGUCACUUUUAGGGUAUUCAACUGAAGGGCUCGAAAGAAUUCUUGUUUAUGAUUAUAUGCCUCAAGGUACAUUAAGUAGGCAUCUAUUUCAGUGGAAAAACUUCAAAUUGGAACCACUUUCUUUGAAAAGGAGGUUAGAUAUUGCAUUGGAUGUGGCUAGAGGUAUGGAAUAUCUUCAUACUUUGGCUCAUCAGAGCUUUAAACACCGGGAUCUUAAAUCGUCCAAUAUUUUACUCGCCGAUGAUUUUCGAGCCAAAGUUUCGGACUUUGGACUAGUAAAACUCCUCCCGGAUGGUGGGAAGUCAAUUAUGGCACAGUUGCCACCUCAUGAACCUUCUAUAGUCAAGAAAGUUGUCAACCAUUUCAAGGUCGUUACAACGGUUUUGAAGGUCUAG